AUGAAGUUAUCAUCAUCCUAUCUUAUCCUAUCAUUGACUUGGAUAUCUUAUUCUUCAGCUUUAGUCAUUCCAAAUAUAAAUGAUUUAGUUACCGCUGAAACCACAAAAUCAGCUUCAUCAUCAAUUUCUUAUUAUCAAUCAGUAUUAGCUGGUUAUUUACCAAGCUUUUUUAAUCAAGAAAAUGUUAUUGAAUUAAAAUCAGAUGAAAAUAAUGAUAUUAAUACUGAUUUUGAAUCUUGGAUUCAUCGUCAAAAAGAUAUUUCAUUCCAAGGAAUCCUUAAUAAUAUUGGAGGUAUAAGUUCAACUUUAUCAGAAUCUGAAGUAAGUGAAGGUGCUGUUAUUGCAUCUCCAUCAAGAAUUAAACCUGAUUAUUUUUAUCAAUGGACAAGAGAUGCUGCUUUAACUAUUAAAUCAUUAAUUCAUCAUAUUGAUGAUGAAAAAUUUAAAAAUGUUGAACCAGUUAAAAAUAUUAUUGAAAGUUAUAUUGAAAAUAAUUAUUAUAUUCAAAGAUUAGAUAAUUUAUCAGGUAAAUUUGAUGAUGAAUCAAAAUCUGGUUUAGGUGAACCAAAAUUUUAUCCAAAUAAUAAACCUUUUGAAAAAAAUUGGGGUAGACCUCAAAGAGAUGGUCCAGGUUUAAGAGCUAUAACUAUUUUAAGUUAUAUUUCUUUAUUAAAUAAACAUCAAGAAUCAUUUUCAAAUCAAUUUUUAAAUAAUCAAACUUCUGUUUAUGAAGAAAUUAUUAAACCUGAUUUAAUUUAUAUUAUUAAAAAUUGGUAUAAAGAAGGAUUUGAUUUAUGGGAAGAAAUUAAUAGUCAUCAUUUUUAUACUUCAAUUACUCAAUUAAGUGCUUUAAAAUCAGCUUUAAUUUUUAUUCAAGAAAAUAAUUAUCCUGAAUCAAAUGAAUUUUUAACUCAAUUAAAUCAAACUUUUAAUAAUUUAAAACAAUUUAUUGAAUUUGAUUCAGGUUAUAAAUCAAAUACUUUACCUUAUAUUAUUGAAACUCCUUCAUUAUUAAAAUUAGGUAAAAGAUGUGGUUUAGAUGCUGGUACUUUAUUAGGGGUAUUACAUGCUCAUAAUAUUGAAUUUGGUAAUUAUGAUGAUAUUCCAUUUGAUAUUGAUAAUAAUUAUCUUAUUAAUACUCUUAGUGCUAUGAUCGCUGAUAUGAAAUAUAGAUAUCCAAUUAAUCAUCCAAAAAUUGGAUUUGAAAAUGCUAUUGGUGUUGCCCUUGGUAGAUAUCCUGAAGAUAUUUAUGAUGGUUAUGGUACAUCAGAAGGUAAUCCAUGGUUUAUUUCAACUGCUUCUGGUUCAGAAAUUAUUUAUAAAUUUAUUCAUAAAUUAAUUUCUAUGAAACAAGAUAUUGUUAUUAAUCAACAAAAUAAAGAAUUUUUUAAACAAUUUAUUGAUUUUGAUAAAAUUCCUGCUCAAGAUUUAGUUUCAGCCAAAGAUUCAGAUUCAGAUUCAAAUGCAAAUGCUGAUGUUAUAAUUAGAUUUGGAUCUCAAAGUUAUAAAACUUUAGCAAUUAAUUUAUCAUCAUUUUCUGAUUCUUUCUUAGAAAUUGUUAAAGAUCAUGUUGAUAAUAAUGGAAGUAUGUCUGAACAAUUUAAUAAAUAUCAUGGAUUUAUGCAAGGUGCUAGAGAUUUAACUUGGAGUUAUAGUGCAGUUUGGAAUGCAUUUAGAUGGAGAGAAAAGACUUUACAAAUUUUAGAAUCAAAUUUUUAG